UCCCGCGCCGACCGCGUUCCGCCGGCUUUCACCGGCUCCGGGGCAGGCGGGUGGGAGCUCGCCGGGGCGGGGCGGCCGCCGGGCCCGGGCCUCACCUGGCGGCGGCAUGGCCGCGCGGGGCCGGGGCGGCGCCGGGGGCAGAGUCCAGCGCGGCGAACCGGCAGCGGCAGGAGCCCGUUCCAGGCGCGAAAGAUGCCGCUGGGGCUGAGAAGCAAGAAGAAGGACAAGUCCAAGGAGACCUUCAAGCUGGUGGAGAGCGAAGCGGCGGCCCCGGCCCCCGCGGCGGCCCCCGCAGCGAGCGCGUCGCGGCUGCAGUUCCACACGCAGCUGGCGCACGGCAGCCCCACGGGCCGCGUGGAGGGCUUCGGCAGCUCCCGCGAGCUCUACGCGAAGAUCGCCGAGGCUUUCCGCAUCGACCCCGCCGAGAUCAUGUUUUGCACUUUGAACACUCAUAAAGCUGAUAUGGACAAGCUCUUAGGUGCACAAAUUGGCCUUGAAGAUUUCAUAUUUGCCCACAUAAAAGGACAACGAAAAGAAGUGGAAGUUCUUAAAACUGAUGAUGUGCUUGGGCUUACCAUUACAGACAAUGGAACUGGCUGUGCGUUUAUAAAGCGAAUCAAAGAAGGUAGCCUUAUGGACCAAACCAAAAUGAUCUGCGUGGGUGAUCACAUAGAGACUAUAAAUGGAAAAAAUGUGUCAAAUUGUCGGCAUUAUGAAGUUGCCAAAAUGCUAAAAGAUCUGGAGAAAGGUCAGAUGUUUAAGCUGGAGUUGAUAGAGCCUAUGAAAGCAUUUGAAAAGCUGGAACCAAGGUCCAAAGGUGGAACUCUGCCAGAGGCUAAAAUCUCCAGAGGGAGAGAAACACUUCGGCUGAGAACCAAAGGCCCUGCUACGGUGGAGGAAAUGCCAUCUGAAGUUGAAGAAAAAGCAAUUAAAAAAGUGGAUGAGCUUCUUGAAACAUACAUGGGGAUAAGAGAUAUUGAAUUAGCUGCAACAAUGGUGGAAGCUGGAAGAGACAAGAAAAACCCAGACGAAUUUGCAGUGGCAUUGGAUGAAACUCUUGGAGACUUUGCAUUUCCAGAUGAGUUUGUCUUUGAUGUAUGGGGAGCAAUAGGUGAUGCUAAGCAAGGACGACUGGAAUAAGAACUGCACAGUUUAUCAAUCCCUAUUUGAAAAUACAAAAUUAUUUUCAAAUACAUGUAUCAGAAUUUCAAUACUCUCAUUGAUAUGAAUUCAGGGUGCUCUGCAUAAGUAUUCUUAUCUGAAACUUUCUUUUCCAAAGAAAGGUUUUGAAUAGAAGUAUGAAGAUAAAUCCAAAGUUCUGACAACUGUACAUUUAAACCAAACAUUUAAUUUACAUGUAGAAAUCACUGUGAGUAGUGUCUCAAGGAGAUAUAUUUAUACAGACGUUUUAUGAAAAUUAGGUAUUUUUUAUUGUACAUAUACUUUGCUAUCAAUAUUCUAAAGAGUGUUAGACAAAUGUAACAAAGAGUUUGGAUUAUUUGAUCUCUCUUUAGAAAGGUUUAUAAACUUGUUGAAAAACCACGUAGCUACACACUGCAGUUCCCUGGUCUUCUGUUGUCCUUGUGUAGUCACAUACACAAAUUGCUGUGGAAAACCUGAAGCCUUUGGUUUUCUUGCCGUUUCGCCUGGAUGUAGCCUUUUCUGUAGGCAAAGCUGGGAAGAAGCUGCCCUGUUCCUGAAGAACCUGAGUUCAGGGGGACAAAAAAUUAUAUUCCUCCAAAACAUGAGAACUAAGAACUUUGAAUGAAAAAGGCUUGCUUUCAUUUGAGUCAUAAUACACGCUGGCUGGGUAUUACUGAGAUGAGUAAGUAUAGUAGAAAUGCUUUAUUUAGAUGCCAUAUUAUUGCAAUAGCAACUGCCUAGGAAGAAACAAAUGCUAAUUUUGAUUACUAUUCAUAUAUUUGAAUAAUGUCUGCGAUCUGGCACUGGAUACUGUAGUGUAUGACUAAGUGCUUAAUUGAUCUUUGCAUGUGCUAAAUGAUUUGCUGAGAUCCUAUGGAAUUCCCCUUUUGUCUUGUUUGGUGUUUUUCGACAUGGGAGAGACAUUGAGGGUGUUCAAAUCUGGAAGAUAUUAUUGUGAAGUCACAAACAAUUGCAGUUUGGAUGAAAAUGCAUGCCUAAACUCUGAAAAAUACAUUAAACUAAUUUUAGAUGUUAGGUUUCCCAAUUAUAUUGUACAUAAACAUUUAUUUUAACUGCUAAUAUUUUACUAAUAAAUCUCAGAUUAUUAAAAAUAAACUGUCUCGUUUAACACAUCUGCCAUGCCUGCAUUUGUCCUCCUGUUCUCACUGUGUUUAAUGAAGAGCAAUGCAAUGAAUUGUGUUUUACUCAGAACAAGAUUCUUUUUCAGUUUUUGCUGUGCUUGGUUUUAAUCAAGACAGAUAUUUGCUUAUUUGUUUAGAAAAAGCUACUUUCAAGUAAUUAUUAUAGCCAAAUAACAUGUCAUGAGUGUCCUUGAACAUGAAAUUGAACAAUAAUGUGGGGCCUGACCUGGGAAGGUGUCAUAGCUUUUUAGUAUUUAUAUAUUUGCGUAAGCAUAUAAAAUGAUAGGUAUUACAAAAGCUUUUUUCUAAAUCACUGCCUAGUUACUUUUCUUCUGAGGAAAAUAUCUUUCACUGUCUUGCAGAGAUCUCUUUAAAGUAAAGACUAUGCCAAUAAUUUUACCUGUUCUAUGUCAAUUUGUUUGUUUGUUUGUUUUUGCCUAAACCCAUGGCACUUUGAAGUGUCAUUGAGAGAACAGGCCCUCGUUCUGUUUAUUGUGUUAUUUAGGAAGGCUCCUAAACUCUGCUUCAGUCUUCUGCACGUGUUACAAUAAGUGAAUUUUUUUUCUAGUUAUGAAAUAUUGCAUGAAAUCUUAUAAAUACUGUUCAAUGGGGGAUAAUCUCCAAUUUUAUAAAUAACAUUGUGAAUAUUUUUCUUUUGUAUCUCUGAUAUAAGGAAAAGCUUUCACAUAAUAUAGAUAUUGAUUUUUAUGGAAUGAGUAGUACAGAGCAGUAUGGAGGUCAUAUAUUUAAGAAGUUCAAAGGUGUCAACAUUUCUCUUCAUGGUACUAGUGCCUCAUAUCACCAGUGUGGGAUAGAACGUAUAUGUAUCUUCAAACAGAUGUGGUUAUUAUCAAUUUCUGUAUGUAGAAAUACAUAUAGAUACAAAAUUUUAGGCUAUUCCCAAGUUAUGCAAAGUAAAAAUAUUCAAUUUUCUAAGAAAAUUUGAGUUUUAGUAAAACUUGAAAGUAAAAUUAAAGAAACUUUGUAAGAAGGUGGUUAAGUUUUAUACAUCCUAUUGCUCAGCUGUGCCCUGAGGAUAUAUUAUUCUGAGGAAGGAGCGUAAUUUUAGGACAGAUAGCACAAGGUGGAUAGCUGUGUUUAAUAAUUGCAAGUCUGAGCCCACAGUCUUCUGUUGCAGCUGAGCACACUCUGUCUUACACAGGGCUGCUUUAACUGCUGUACUCUUGGUAAUGAAGAGUUAAAGUGUUGUGGGCCAUGCCAUUUAUUCUUUAAACUUCUUUUAGGUGAAAAGGAAAAAUGAAAUGUCAAGAAUUCCCUGUUGGUUCUAAAUUGUUUUACAUAAAACUCAAAUGUCAAAUUUUGUGGAAAUGUUUAUGUAUACUAAUGUUAGUAACCAACAUGCCAAUGAUUAUAUAAAAUCAAUUAAAGUUAAGAAUUCCUUCUUAAACAGCAAAGAAAAUGUACUAUGGAAGAGUCGUAUUAUAAAAUAAUACAUGAAAUGUUACCUGUAGCAGAUAACCCCUCAUGUGUUUUGGCUGUUCAUUUUAUUUUGAGAAAUUAAUGUUGUUCAAUCAAUUUAUCCUCGGAGGAUAAUUUGUCUCACUGCACUGAUAAAAUAGCGAGAUAAAAAUAACCGCUGCAGCUCUGAUUCUGCACAGAGCUGUCUCUUGUCAUAGUGGCCUAUCUUUGUGGAGUUUAUUUCAGGACUAAGAUUUAACUAAUGAUUGCAAUUUUACUAGCAUUUACUGCAAUAAAGUAUGUCAAUAUAUCUUAAAAA